AGCUUUAUCAACAGUUGUAAUAAGUAAGAGGACAGAUUCAUAUGUGACAGUACACUGAAACGUUACAUAUGUGUAGACAAUGUGAGUUUAGAAUACAAUAUUUAUAUCAGAUGGCGGUAAAAAUGGUAUGUUUCAUUCUAACACGAAACAACGCUCUCUAUUGCUUUCGUGGGUGAUUUUGUCAUAUAACCUCGAAAGCUUGACACUAUCUAAAGCAUGGUGUUGUGUGAAUGUGAACGGACGAUUACCGCCGGACAAAAGUCUUACGAAUUCUUGUUUGAACAUUAAUUCCAGUGUUAUCGAUUUACCGAUUGUCGCGGUAAAAACAUAAAUUGGAACCGUAUUAAAUCGCGGAAAGAAAAGGCAUGAAAUUGACAGAAAUAGCGUAUCGGUUCAGUAUCGUGUCGUGAUAAUUCUUAAACGCGGGUUGGCUUGGCUCUUUGUCUUUCUCUUCCCUCCCUCCGUCCGUGCUCCGAAAAUCGCGCAGCAUCCUUGCGCGCGAAACACGCGUAUGCCGGUGGACGCACAUCGUGUGUCUGUAUUUCGAUGUACAUACUUGUGAAUAGUGUAUUUUAAGUACUUUAGUUUUACAGACUAGUGUGUGAAAAAUCUGACCGUUUAUCGCAAUCGUGAAAAGAUCAAAUAACGAAUGGACAGCUAUUUGUCAACCGCUUUCGUUCUAUAGCCAAUGUAACUGUUGAGGUAAGACCUCAUACACAAAUCUGAAGUGAAUAUCUCCAUAUUAUCGUAUUGGGUAUUGUUUCGAAGAAAGAUUAUUUCUCCUAUUAAUGAUAAUAGAUAAAAAUUCGAUUUCGCGGAUCUCUUGGUUCCUCCCCCUCUCUACUUUCCUACCCCUAAUUCCCUCUCGUCCGUCGAUGAACAAGCAGUUGUCGUUUUUUGCAUGUUUCACUUUUUUUUUCUUCGGCAUCACCCUAGUUUCGUUCGUCCGUCGCCGAAGCGGUCGUGUCGUUUUGGUAAAACUCGAGUGAGUCGUGAUAGAAUAAGUUACGAUCGUUUCUCGACAAUUCCCUUUGUGUACUCGUUCUUCGUGUUCGGGCAGUGUUGUCAAAAUUCCGGCAGCACCGCUCGGCCAGCCAGCUGCCAUUGCUGUACUGUCUCCGUUCAAUCGCAGCUUCAUAAAUACGAUUCUCUUGGGGUGAUUAUUCUGGUUGUCGUGGUCGUCGUCCUCGUCGUCGUGGAAACAGCGAAGAUGCCGCACUGAAUCAAGAGCCACGCAGUGUGGAACAUGCUCGCAGAACAGACGUAGCGGCCGAUUGUACGUUUGGCUCCAGACGCCGGUUCUGCGCGAGCUAACCUUCACAGCGAGGGUUUCUUUUAUCUGUUUAAUCAUCGUUCGAGGGGUCUGAAGCAGCGAUAGAGAUUGACAGAACGAUGAAGUGGCUCGGUGCAAGUAGCGCUGGUGCUGCGGGUGAACCGGCACCUUCUAUGCAGUUGCACCAUCCAUCCGCGAACGGACACAUACCUACGGAUGCAGAGCAAUGUGGUCAAGUAAUGGCUGGUGGCGAUAGUAUGCGUAUACAGCCAAGUCAGACACAUCAGAUAGGUGUGAACAGAACUCAAGAUGAUGCUAUGGUGAGUUAUGUAUUUCAACGACCUACAGAAGGAGAAUUCAAUCCUCAGUCGUCAACUUUUCAAACAAAGCAAGCACCUCGAGCUUGGGCACUUGCAGAUGAUGCUAUCAUUGAUAAUAAUCAACCACAACAAUUGGGUCUACAGACUAUGAACAAUGUGCAUAUACCAUACGAAAUACAUCCAAUGCAACUUAAAAGCGGAGCACCAGGGACAGAACAUUUAGUUUAUCUUAACAAUCAAAUGACAGCGCAGCAACAAGUUGCCCUUUUCCACCAUCAGCAGCAACAACAGCAACAGUUCAGAAAUGGCCAAGUGACGCGCCGUGCCGAGGGUACCUUGGAGACGGUGGAGAGUUUCGGUGUAGGGUACGGCCAGGGAGCAGGCACGAGCACAGGCGACUGGAUGAAACCACCGGGGGAUCUUUUCCUUUACUGCGACAUGAAGGAUUUGGGGGCCGACAUGAUCGCUCCCUCGGCAAAAAAACUCUGGGGCGUAGACGAGGGCGGCUCCAAGGACGAAGGGGGUGUAAAAGGUGGUGGGAUACUUCACCUGGGCGACCACCAGAUGUGGAGAGACUCUACCUGGAGCACCUCAGAUCAUGCAGUCUCCCAGCCAAUUUCCAUGGGCACAGGUAGACGUGUGGGCGUUGGUACUGGUUAUCAUCAUCAGACAUCAGAAGUCGGAACAGUUCUCAGCCCCAGAAGCAGUGAGACUGGUGGUCUUGGAGUUAAAAUGGUUGAAUAUGUUCUUGGCUCAAGUCCCACGACACCAAAAGAUCUGGAACCUAGAAUGGUUUCUUUGAGAUUGAAUACUGAUGCAGACAAGAAAGAAAAAGAGAAGGGCUCGGCAAGUCCUUUUGACAGUUCGAAAGACGAUAACGGACCACAAAACAAUGGAUUAGCAUCCCAGAAUGGUCUUGACGACGAUAAGGGUUUCAAUCGUACACCCGGAAGUCGUCAACCUUCACCUGGGGAGGAAGAAUUUCAGAAGAACGCCGCUGCGACUUUGGCUGUUAGCGCUGGCGGUGGCGGUGUCGUGCUGUUAAAACAAGGCGUGGAUGUGGUUGGUAGCGAGGAACAUUUUAUGGCCGCAUUCGCACCGGCUCCACCGCACCACUUGCAACAUCAUCAGGCACCGCCGACGCAUCAUCUUCAGCACCCACAUUCGCAUGCGGCUCAGCUCUUUGGUGCACAGGCUCCACCACCCCCGCAGGGUCCGCCGCCUUCGCAACAACAACAACAGGGACCUCCGCAGCCCCAAGACACUACCACGCACUUUGAUGUACAGCAAUUGUUUCGGAGUCAGCCGCAAGGAGCGACGCCGCAACAGUUACAGUUGCUGCAGCAACAGCAACAGCAGCAGCAGCAGCAGUAUUUGGCCGCGUCUCAAGCCCAGCAACAGCAACAGCAGCAGCAGCAGCAGCAAAACUUUCCCACGGCGCCGUAUACCGUGAUCAGCGGACAGGAACCAUACGUCGGGGCGCUGAUAGCCGGAGCACCGCCACCAGUGGUGCCACAGUAUUAUGGGGUCGCGCCAUGGGUCUACCCGGCUGGUUUGCUGCCCCAGGCUCCACCACAGGCUGCGGCUCCACCGCCACCGAGGCGACCGCUCACGCCAUCCUCGGCCGCGGCCGCGGCAGCUGCCGCCCAAGACACUGCAAAUAAUUUGGCCCAGACUGUCCAAGGCCAGUAUCAAGUCAUACCCGCUUAUUAUGAUCAAAAUGGAUCCAUCGUGAUGGGCGGAGUGCGUGGAUUAAGUUCUGCGGCUACCCCGAUGAGAUUAGUCAGCCCGGCACCGGUUUUGGUAAAUAGAGCACCAUCGCAACCGCCACCGGGACCACCGGCACCACCACCGCCGAGUCUAUACUCACAAGCUACUCCGACGUCACACAGUAACGCGACACCCGGAGAAUGUUUGGGUCUGGCGGCGUGCAAUGCAGCGGCGGUGGUUGCACAGGCUCAAGCAGUCGCGGUGCAGCAAGUACAGCAGCAGGGAUCAGGACUAGCCGCCGGUUUGGCGGCGCUAGGAUAUGGCGGCUCCCCGCUCGGGGCACUAGGCUCGCCGGCUCAGCUUCAGAGCACAGGUUUAGGUCUCGGCGCUUCUUCAACUGCGCGAAGAGAUUCGUUCGACAGGAACACCUCUGCGUUUAGUCCGAGUUUGGAGUAUAGCCGCGCGAAGUGGCCUCAGAGUUACGGAGCCUUAGGCACGGUAACAGCAUCGCCAAGCCCAUUAGGAUUAUCCUUAACGCCGCCGCCAACUUUAGGAGGGUCUUUGGGCGGACUUGUCGGCGGAGCCAGUCGGGUUUCCGCUGCCCCCGGCGCCGAAGCCAAGUUCCGCGCUAGCGCGGUUCCGGCUUUGACAGCCAACGGCGUUUUUGGAUCGAGUAGUAGUCUCUUUCCUAAUCUAGUAGGCAAACCCGGCCGCGGUGGUACCACCAGUAUCGGUGAUAAGAACGCCGGAGGACGAUCACGUUUGCUCGAAGACUUCAGGAAUAACCGAUUCCCGAGUCUUCAGCUACGCGAUCUAGCUAAUCACAUAGUCGAAUUCAGUCAAGAUCAGCACGGAUCGCGUUUUAUCCAACAAAAAUUAGAACGUGCCUCAGCAAGUGAAAAACAACUUGUGUUCCAAGAGAUCCUCACAUCUGCAUAUUCAUUGAUGACUGAUGUUUUUGGAAAUUACGUUAUUCAAAAGUUUUUCGAGUUUGGUACACCGGAGCAGAAAUCCACUCUCGCCCAAAAGGUUCGAGGACACGUACUGCCCUUGGCGUUGCAGAUGUAUGGCUGUAGAGUGAUUCAGAAGGCUCUUGAAUCGAUCGGAGCGGAACAGCAGCAGGAGAUAGUUCGAGAGUUGGACGGACACGUAUUAAAAUGCGUCAAGGAUCAAAAUGGAAAUCAUGUUGUGCAAAAAUGUAUUGAGUGCGUCGAACCGCGAGCGUUGCAGUUCGUGAUCGGAGCAUUCGCUGGUCAAGUCUAUUCUCUUAGUACCCAUCCAUACGGUUGCAGAGUUAUUCAACGCAUUCUCGAGCACUGCACCCCAGAGCAAACUCAAGGCAUUCUACAAGAGUUACACGCCGCAACUGAUCAACUCAUUCAAGAUCAGUACGGAAAUUAUGUGAUCCAACACGUGCUUGAACACGGAAAACCGGAAGACAAAGCGCAACUGAUCAGCAGCGUCAGAGGUAAAGUACUUACUCUGUCUCAGCAUAAAUUUGCGAGCAACGUUGUUGAAAAGUGCGUGACACAUGCCACGAGACAGGAGCGUGCUGUACUCAUUGAAGAAGUAUGCGGAUUCAACGACAAUGCGUUGAACGUGAUGAUGAAAGAUCAGUAUGCGAACUACGUGGUUCAGAAGAUGAUCGAUGUAGCGGAACCGGCGCAACGCAAAGUGUUGAUGCAGAAGAUCCGCCCACACUUAGGUAGCUUGCGCAAAUACACCUACGGCAAACACAUUAUCGUGAAGCUGGAGAAGUUUUUCAUGAAAACUGCGUCCGCAAUGGGGGUGGCAACUCCUGCCGGUGCUUCGAGCGGAGGCGGUGAUCUUGGUCCAAUCGGACCACCUGCUUCUGCUGCUGGUCCAGUAUCAACGCCAGCUCAGCAGCCAACGCAGGUUCUAUAAGCGUACGGUUUUGAAAAAGUAACAACUUGGAAGAUCUUCGUACGUUCAAGAAAAACACGUACCAAGACCUACGUAAAAAAUAUUUAAGGCAACGGUUUAUCGAGCGCCAUUAAUUUACUUAAUGGCUGGGAAAAAAGGAUGCAUUUCGGUAUGUACCGUCUUUUCUCAUUGUCCCUUCUUUGAAUUGUAAAACCGGACGAAAAAGAAAGACGAAUCGGUAUCCGUUCCAAACGAGAAGGAAUUGUUGUCGAGGCGAUUUUUCUUACUUUUUCAAAAGCAUAAAAAGAACAAACCACCAAUUUAUACAAAGUAAAUGGGAGGCGGACAACGCGAAACGACGGUGCUUGAAGGAAAAUUUCACGGUCAAAUGCGCGUCAGGCAAAAUGGAUUUAUAGAAUCAUGUUAGAGGUGCAGUGCAUUUUUUUUUUCUUAAUAAUCUAACGUGCUGCCGAGUAAAAUAAUAUUCGUAGCGAUUAACAUUGGAAAACUGCGCUGAUAAUGUUUCUAGAACCGAGUUUAUUCGUGACAGCUGGACAGGUUCGAGCAAUCGUAAAAGAAACUGUAGUGCUGAGAUGGCUGAUCGCCUUUUUAAAAUACCCACUUGUUCGACCGAUGAGUUCAGUAACAGUAGUUUCAAUGGCACGAUAAUUCCGAAACUUUACCGCCUCGUUUCUUGAAUCUAAAAUCCAUUAUUCACAGUAUAUCCGAUUUUUAACUCAGCACUCUUACGUAAAGAAAAAAGAUAAAAUAGUUUAAAGUACAGAAGAAAAAGAAGUCGAUUAGAAGAAGAUUAAAAACUCGGUAAAGUAACAGUAUAAGCAGAAAAACAAUUCGACGAAGAGAAAAUUGUGUUUAGACAGCUAGGAUAGAUCUUUAGAACUGCAUGCAUUUAUAUCGAGUUGUAACGAGAGAUGUGAUGGCCGUAAACAACGUGCACGAGACGUCUUGAUCGCGAGGUAUACCGCUCUACACUUUGCACGCUGAAAGUAGUAUUAUAUCUUCGUGUGCGGUACACGUUCGAUCAACGAAUCGGUGUUUGUUCAGAUUUGAUAGUUGGUUAGAAAGCUACAGAUACGUUGAUUAAAAACCUAGCAUAGCGUUUGACAUGGGAAUGGAGCUGAGUGUCCCCUGACCUGACCGCCGAUCUGCCCCUUGAUUGCUUCAGAUUGUUCUUGAAAAAGAAGGAAAAGGAAGAAAGUAAAAUCGAAUUCGUGUUUAAUUCGUUUUAACGUUCGAUAGAAUUUUCGAAAAUGGCAUCAGUAUAUUAUAUACAUGUAAGUAUGCGUAUAAUUUUUUUUUCUCGAAGACAGAAUUUAGCAGGAGAUGAAAAGAACGAAAGGAACUAAAAGACAGAGAAAAAACAAAAAAGAAGGAGAGACAUCAAGUUGUCAGCAGAUUCUCCUUUGUUCAUUUUUACGUUUGCCGCCGUUGAGCGCGAAGCAUUUUUUUUCUACUCUCUUAUGUCCUUUUUACGUACCUCUUUCUCCCCGAUUAUCCUCGAACCCCCUUCGGAACCUUUCUCCUUUCUUUUCGUCCAACCCCCGAAAUCCUCGAAUUUUGUAAAUUGUGAUAUAAAUAAAUAACAAAUGUGUAUAGGUACGACGUGACAAACCCUAUCGUGAGGAACCAUAAAUUCAAUAAUGUUUUACUUUUCACGGGAAUUCUAUCCUUUUUAAUGAACUUUGUGAAUAUCGUGUAUUAUAAUAAUUACUAAUUAUAUUAAAUUUAAAUAUGAUUUACGUUCUAAUGCUGCUGACCCCUUCGAUAAAUACUUAUGUAUGUUAAUAUCUCCCUUUCUCCUGUAUACCGUUUUAAAAAUGGUUGCCACCCUUACAUACACAUACAUUCAGUUGUAAAAUAUGAACAUUUUUUGACAAAGGAGGAAAGAAAUCGUUUCAUCCAAAUAAUCCCACCCUCUUCUGACACAACUCCCUUCUCCACUCAACGUAAUCGCAGCCAUCGCGAAUCGGUCGCGGUGUUCUUUGAACGUAAUCGACAUCAGUUGUACAUUGUAUAAAUGAUAAACGCGUUCUUUAAAAGAAAAGAAAUGGAAAAACGUCAGGAAAUUAAUGUUCCCAAUGCGUGUAUAUCUAUAUCUUUUCACGGCGUUCACCCACACUCCCAUAGCUCUUUUUACACGAUCACAUACAUUAGGAAACAUAAUUGUACACAUCAAGCAUUUCGAUUGUAUUAUAUGUACGCUGACUACGCGGUUGGAAAAAAUCACCUCUCAGCUGUUUUCAAUAGCAUCGCACUUGGCCCUCUCUUUUCCUUUUAAUCGAAGUCACGACGAAAGAAUUAUGCGUAACUAUUUUUUUUUGUCUUAUAUCGUGGUAUUUGCUUCGAAUGAAUCAACCUCGUCGUUAUGUAUCGUUUAUUUUCUUUUAUUUCUUCUGAAUUUAUCGCUAAUUUUUAAUUUAUGCAGGACAUACUUUCCUAACAGUUAAAAUCCCGGAGGAAACAUUUGAACGCAACAUCACUGGUUGGUGUUCAUAUUAAAAUCUCCUUUUUAUGAAAAAUUCCAAGAACGAAAUAGCAUUUCGAAAUUAAAAACGGUUCAUCCAAGUCGCUUCAUGAGACAUGUACGUGUAUAUAAUUAUUCUUCGCCUGGAGUUUCUCGCUCCCGACGAUUGUACAAAAGCAAAGUCUCGGCAAAUUUUUUAAAUUCGAUGUUCGUAUGCGCGACACAUUUCCUAUACACGUUUGUAUACAUUCGAAAGAAAAGAAAAAGAAAAAGAAAAGUUCGUUACGUGUUGCAUUCUCGUAACAGAUAGGCGCUUAUUAAAUGUAAGAUCGAGUUAUAUCUCAACUGUGUACAAUGUAUAAUAUUUUGUUACCUUAGAUGUUAAAUAUGUAGAAUUUUAAAAAGAAACAAGAAAAGGAAAGAAAAGAAAGAAGGGAGAACCGCACAGCAACUUAAGGUCCGUCACAAUUUUGUACAGAAAGAAGGAAUAAGAAAAACGGGGAAUAUAAAAGGAAAAGAGCAAAAAAGAAAGAAGAGGAAGAACGUAUAGCCGCUUUCUUUGUAAGAUAUUGUAAAUAACGAUUUAUUAAUGAAAUUGACAAAAUCUUAGGUACCCUUUCUCUCUUUCUCUUUCUUCUUCGCGGGUGGAUUAAUUGUACCGUGUAUUAGUGACGCGACCGAUUAAUGAACGAAGAAAAUUAAACCGAUUGAUAAUGUUUAGAAGGGAAGUGCGUGAGACGUAGUACUUACCCGAUUAUUUCUGGUACGAUUUUAUUCGCACGGGAUCUCUCGACUAAUUCGAUUGAUAUUUACACUCGAUACUCGUGGAGAGAAGAUGAUAACGCGAUUACGGAUUUAUAAUUUUGUCCCUUUUGCCAACUGAUUCGAUCUUUUGGGAAAUCGCUGAGAGGGGGCUGCUCACUGUAGAGCCGCAAGAGAAAUAGAAAAAUAGACCGAGGAUAAAAUAAAAAAACGAUAUAAAAAAGAACGUGAAAUAGCGUGACAUGUCGAUAUGUGUGUAUAACGAAACGGAAAAAAAGUAUCUCGACAUAUAUACAUAAGGAGACAUUCCAACCGCCACUUUCAAGCCCUCAGCCCUCACCCGACAGGUUCGACAUUAGGCAUAUUUCGCCGUUUUUAAAACGCGGACUACUAUACGAACGCAGCGUUAUAUACGCUGUAUUAAUAUUUAAUUAGGGAUGACGAUUAGUUCCUUCGUCCCUCCUCGAUUCCCGCCCCUGUGUAAAUCGCGCGCAUCAUUUGUAAAUUAAACGUCGAAAAUUCAACAUCUCAUUUGUAAUAGUACCAUCGAAUAAUAAUAAUCAUCCUGUCGAGUUAGGAAAAAAAAAGGAAACAGGAAAUGAAUACCGAAGAGAGUCAUACAUCGCAAGAAGCGAAAGUUGAACGCAAAAUCUCAUGUCUUAUCAGCUAAGAUUAUUCACUAAUAUUAGAUUUUUAUUAUUCUAAUUAUUAUUAUUAUUAUUAAUAUUCUUAUUACGAUUCUUAUAAUUAUUCUUAUUAUCAUUCUUACUAUUAUUAUUCCUAUAAUUAUUAUCAAUAUUGUUUGAUUAACGACCUUCCCUCUAUUAAUUAUUAUUACUCUUACUAAUAUUUGCUAAAUACACACUUCUAUAUGAAUAUAAAUAUAUAUAUAUACAUACAUGCGAACUUAUAUAUGUAUAUGUAUAUGUAUAUAUAAAAACACGAGUAUGACAAGCUCACGUAUAUAACGCUUUAUAAAUAAUAGUACGUAAUAAUAAUACGGACAUUUUUUUACGCUCCAGCUGUCUGAUUUUUAUCUUAUGUUGAGCAAAUAUUAAGAAAAAGGAGACACUGAUUAUUUGCUUUAAGUAAAAGAGAAAAAGUUUAGUGCGGACGUUUAGCGAUAGGUUGACCACCUAAUUGCUGUCGUGUUAUAUAAAUAUAUAUAUAUAUACAUACAUCUCUACUUAAGCUUCUGAGGAAUGAAAAAAAAAUCUUAAACGACUUUUGAUUAUAAAUAGUGUAAAUUUUUUAUAUAGCGCGAGAAUGGUGGAAUAAUUAUUGGUUGCGCGUGCACCAUGUAUAAAACAGAACAAGAAAAAAAAAAGCGGAAAAAAGAUGGAAAAACGGAAUUUACACGUACACAUACACUGACACGCAUGCGUAAACACGUUUACAAUACACGACAGACAUACACCGAAGAUUCACGGUCUUUCGAUCUUUUUUUGACUUUUGAAACUUUGUAUCCUUUCGCCGUUCGUUAUUUUCCUGCAUUACGGAUUGUGCGAUCUCAGAUCCGUCUGCGAAAAAUGAAAUUUGUCUAGCUAUAGCGAAUCGUACUGUGUAAAUCCUGUUCCUUGCGAAGCGUGUACUCUUUGUAAAAUAUGUAAAAGUGCGUGACCAUUGUUCAGUAUUUCUGUAAACACGGUUUGGUAUGCCUUUUUGUAUAAAUUUCUGUGCGUAAUUAAUAUACACGAUUCGUCGUCACCGACAUGCGAAAUGAUAAAUUUUGUUAAUAAAGGAUCCGAAUCGCGGGAUUUGUAACGCAAUAACAGUAUCGAACUUAUUCUUGCCUGUAACAUGACGGAGAAUAUUUUACAGAGCAAAAUUGUGAUGUCGGCACGUCGGUUCCUUCGGAAACUCGAGAAAGAAAACAGGAAAGAAAGGCGUGUAAAUUACCGAAUUUGAUAACAAAAUUGGACGAAACAUGUAUCGAAAUUUCGCGCACGUCGAACACAUUGUCAAAGGGGCAUCCUCGUAUCGUAAUAUCCCUGUAUAUAAUGAAUCGGAUGAAACAGUAUUCAGAGAACGGGUGCAUUCACCGUUCUGUCUAAAUUCUAAUUAAGUGCUCCGCGUUAAAUUAUUGUAACUAAUCGUCCGCGAAGAGGGGCACGGUCAAGGUUUACCAAUUGAUCGAACUUUAUCGUAAAUUCGACUGGUUAUUUUAUGAUAAUCGCUGAACGAUUCAACGUAUACGGAGGUAUCGUACAAGGCAUAGGACAGCGUUCCCACGUUGCGUUACGUAUAUCCCUUUAAACAAUUUAAUAUUUGUACUUUAGAUACAAUCGCCACUCUAUUUCUCUCUCUUUCUCUAACUCUCUUCCUCUUUCACUUUCGCCCCUUCUGUACCCGGACACACGCCACCCGUUCUUGAGGGUUUCUCGUGGACAUCUCGAUGAAGAGACAUGAAAAUUAAAAAGAGAAUGACGAAAAGUAAAAACUCAAGAAUGGGUCCCGGUGGGAACGCAUACGAUUCGAAAGAGGAAAACAAUUAAGCAAACCCUAUAAAUAAUUGAUUAUACAUAUAUAUACAUACAAAUAUAUAUAUAUCUGUAUAUGUAUACCUAAAAACUUUGAAAACUAUCGGUAUAUGAUAUAUAUGUAAUAAGUACUAUUUAAAUAUUGUAACAAUUGUAUAUGAUUUUAAUACUACAUGCUACUUGUAUUAUAUAUAUAUGAAAGAUCUGCGACCUCCCACUUGUAGAACACACUCAAUCGUGCAUACACCGAUACACACACGUACAACGCACUUACGCUCAUUUACACGACACGGAACUCGUGAAAAUACUUGCUACGCGAACAUACAUCCAUAGAGAGCCACGAACAUUCAACGAAGGAAGAGAAGACGAACAACCCAUUUCCCGUCGCGUACACCACGCGGAUCGGGGACAUUAUGUUCCUCCUCGUUUCGCAUCAUCAUCGCACCCACCGGUUUCAACUGCCAUGGCGCUAUAUUCGUGUACGAGCACGCAGUUAGUGGAACAACAAAUGGAAAAACGAAAAAUAGAAAACUGGUUCGAAACACUCUCGGUUCACGCUCGGACGCCGCUUAUGGGGCGAAGCGAGAGUGAACCGGGGGUGGUCGAGUAAGGACCGUAGAGACAGCAACAUCCACGGGAAUGGUGCGCCCUGAUAUUAAGACUGAUGUACAGUUGCGCGCUAUUCUCAUCACAGAGAUAUCAUCAUUCUCAUUAUCGUCAUCACCGCCACGAUACGACACCGACACGUACACGCCCCCCAUCCUCGACACGUUUACACGAAGACAAACCACCACGGAUUCGCAGGGCUAAUUGAACAUAUAUAUAUAAAUAUAUAUAAAUAUACAUCGUAUAUAUUUGUCAAAUAUAUGUCAUAUAUGUACGCGUACACUCGUUUGCCACCGCCACUGGCUCAUACACUUGCACGCGUCGACUUGUCUCAUUCGCGGAUCAUUUUUCCUUUCGUUCCGGUAUUCAAAAAUCGCUCGCGUGUACAUUGUUGUGAAUUAAUGGACUCAUUGAUCUUUUCGGCAUUGACGUAAGAAGGGAAAAAAGGGUGUCUUCGGCUGAAUCGUGGCCUGUUUGUAAUAUAUUAUCUACUGAGCGAAGCAAGUUCGUCACUUGCAAAUUGCUCGACACAUUACGUUGUGCGGUUCGCUCGAAAAACGGAGAGGCAUGAAAUUUUGUGAUAACGCUGCGUUUAAAUUAUUGGAAAGCUCUCUUCUUGUCUUCUCGCUUAUCGGUACGACGAUGAUGUUCGUUCGAAAUGAAAACUGUCGUCGUACGUAAUUCGAUGAUCACGCGAGCAAUGUACGAGCCGGUGAUGCUUAUGGGACACACGGUAGAUGCAGAUGGAUAGAUGGAUAGAUGGAAAGAGCAAGAAAAUGUAUUCCAUAUUAGCGAAUAAAAUUAGAUAAGUGGGACGGACAGGCAUACGGAUUAAAACAAAAAAUUACAUAACUUGUAUAUUAGUGUAUAGAACGUAGAAACGAUGAAAUAGCCACGAAAAGAAUCAUUUUCGACGAUGUUUUUUACAAGCAGGCAGAACGAGUAGAAUUAAAGAGACAAACAAAAAAAUAUGAUAAAAAAAUAUACGUCAUUGUACCAUUUAAGUAAAACACUAAGAAAUCGAAAAAAAUAACGAGAGAAAGCAUGUCGAAAAAGAAAUCAGUUUAUAAAAAGUGCACUAGCGACGAAAAAGAGCCACUACGAAACCGCCACCUCGAAAAAAAUUAUGAAAACAGAGAAAGAAAUAAGUAACACUCACCUAUGCUCCUCGGUUGCGAAACAAUAUAGAUUUUUUUUAAAUAGUCACACAUUGGUAAAGCCGACAUGCUAGAACAUUUCGAACGAUGAAAACAAAAAAAGUAUGCGAGACGCACGCGAAAUCACUUUUUACGAGCACGCGAAAAGCCAAAAGACGAACGGUUUCUUGCAACAAUUUUUGUGCUUCCCUCAAUUAAUUUGUUCCUUUCUUGUUUAUAACGACACGCGCGUCGUGUUCGUUCGUUCACCAAUAAUGAUUGUCGCGUUCCCAAUUUUUUCCUGUUACAAUUGUUCCUUUUUCUUUUCGUUUUUUUUUUAUUUUGAAACACGCUGAUCAUAUUUUCGAUGCGUAGUGGUAGCGGUUCAAUGGUCCAAAGAGUUCUGUUUUGCGGCUUUACGUUAAAACGUUCUGUCGAAUGAACAAUAUUGCAAAAGCGUUUCCGCCGAUAAUAUAUGUAUUGUAAAACUAUUUCCAGGAACGGUAACACGUCGUUAAGGUAUUAUUAUAUACUAAUUAGCGUCUUUGUCGAUUGUAUUUCAUAUUUUCUAGAACGUUAAAUAAAAAGGAUUUUCGAAUCUGAAUAUAAUGUGAAAGGAGGAUGUCGUGAUAACUUAUUACAAUAAAACGAUAAUAAAAAAUAAACAUGAAAUUUCUCGUGAAGAAUUUUCACGUUGUCCUAUUCAGCAUUUUUCUCGCGCUUUCUUUUAGUUAGAUAGUCAUCGUGCAAGCUUUGCUCUUUGGAUCCGGUGCAUUUCCCGUUGCCUCUCGUUGACACAAUUAAUCGCAACUUAUUUCGUCGUUAGUAUUCUCUCUGCUCACAUUUUGUUUUUUGUUCUUUAUUUUCUUAAUACGUUUAUUUUUGUUUUCAACGCUUUACUUUUAUUCGUUUAAUAAAUACAUCGUUGCGGCCGCAUUUGCUCUCCUCUCGAAAGUUAUCGUACGAAACAAAAUGAUUACUCCAGACACAUAUACCUGAUCGUCUGUUUUGUAUGGUAUAUUUGUUCGUAUCGUAAACUUUGAACGCAAUUACAUGUAUGCUUUCUGUUGCUUUAGUUUCUCAUUUUCCUUUUUGUACGCUGAGAAUACAUGCAUCGUUAUUUAUUGUCAUCUACAUCCUAUGAUUCGAGACAAUUUACGCGUAAGGCAAUCUACGUUCGCCUACGUUUAUUAAAUAUUUGCUACUUUUCUUAAAUACUCAUGACGAAAAAAGAUAAGAGCGGAAUUAUUAAAAAUUUCUUAAUAGCUGCGAUCAAAAUUCAGAGACGAUUUACGAAAUUAGACGUAGAUAGCCAUACUAGUAGUUUGUCUUGAUUAUUAGCAUUUUAUAAAUGGCAUAUCUAAAUGCAUAAGGUACACACGACACUUUUACACACUUACACACUUGAAAAAAAAAUGGUAAUAUGAAUUAACGGUAUUCUAAAUGUAACGUGUAUAUGAUGGCUGUACAAAUGUAACAUUUUUUUCCAUUAUGUAUGAUGAUACUAAUGAUAAUGAAACAUGGGAAGAUUUGAUGCAAAAAAAUGUGGUAUAAUUGAAUUUACAAAAAAAGAAUAUGUGUGCGUAUCGAUCGAUACAAAUCCGGUGAGAAGGGCAGCACCGGCACGAGUAUCGAUCAAACGAUUCACUCCCGAGUGAUUUACCAGUAAACUAUUAUUAAUUUUAAUUAUUAUAAAAUACCAUUUCUGUAAUAACAUUAUGAUAUAAAACCAUACAUUGAAUGGCAAA